UAUUUUUUGUACGGUACGAAUGGUCACGCUGAAUACCUACAAUCGUGUGUUUCGACUUUUCCAGGCCACAAAAAAUCAAGUUUUUCCUGCUGAAAAGUGCCUUUCGCGCAAGGAAAAUCUUCGAUGUGGUCGCUUUAAGCCAGCAGCAAGAUUGCAUUUUCGAAAUUUUCCGCCUGCAGCUGGCCCUGGACGUGCUUUGUAUCCGUGGAGAACAGAGACGCAAAGGUUGGGACACCCACAUCUACACCUACAGCUAGGCACAUCUACAUCCAACCCAACAUCGGCCGCGUGUGUGUGUGUUAGUGCUUUAAGGUGGACCUAGUUGCCUCCUAACUUAAAGAUAGACGCCGUGUGGGGUUGGGUUGCUUCCGGCCCGCUGCGCUUAGCAGCGAACAGAAUGGGCGACCUGCCGGGCUCCACCGGCGGCGCUGGCGGCGUGGGCGGUGGGGGCGGUUCUGGCGGCGGGAACGGCGGCCCCACAGUCACCGGAACGGGUGGUAAUUCCACUGCCGGUGGCGGCUCAUCCGUCGGAUCAACGGGCGUGGACCGACCGCCGUCGCCCGCCCGCCUCUCACACACGUCGGAGAAACACCCAAAGGUCACGCUCACGGAACUCAAUAUGCUGCGGCGCCAUCGAGAGCUCUGCGAUGUCGUCUUAAACGUAGGUGGGCGGAAGAUCUUCGCCCACCGAGUAAUCCUGUCCGCCUGCAGCUCCUAUUUCUGUGCCAUGUUCACCGGAGAGCUGGAGGAAUCGCGCCAAACGGAGGUCACCAUACGCGACAUCGAUGAGAACGCCAUGGAGCUGCUCAUCGACUUUUGCUACACAGCCCACAUCAUUGUUGAGGAGUCCAACGUCCAAACACUCUUGCCUGCCGCCUGUCUGCUGCAGCUGGUGGAGAUUCAGGACAUCUGCUGCGAGUUCCUCAAGCGGCAAUUGGACCCCACCAACUGCCUGGGUAUCCGCGCCUUCGCCGACACACACUCCUGCCGCGAAUUGCUGCGCAUCGCCGACAAGUUCACGCAGCACAACUUCCAGGAGGUGAUGGAGAGCGAGGAGUUCCUGCUGCUGCCAGUCGGCCAGCUGGUGGACAUCAUCUGCAGCGACGAGCUGAACGUGCGCUCCGAGGAGCAGGUCUUCAACGCGGUCAUGUCCUGGCUCAAGUACAACGUCGCCGAACGGCGUCAGCACCUUGCACAGGUUCUCCAACACGUCCGUCUGCCUCUGCUCACUCCAAAGUUCCUGGUCGGCACGGUGGGCUCCGAUCUCCUGGUGCGCAGCGACGAGGCCUGCCGGGAUCUGGUGGACGAGGCCAAGAACUACUUGCUCCUGCCGCAGGAACGUCCCUUGAUGCAGGGUCCGCGCACCAGACCCCGCAAACCGACUCGACGCGGCGAAGUGCUCUUUGCGGUGGGCGGUUGGUGUUCCGGCGAUGCCAUCGCCUCCGUGGAGCGCUUCGAUCCGCAGACCAACGACUGGAAAAUGGUCGCUCCCAUGAGCAAACGCCGUUGCGGAGUCGGCGUGGCCGUUCUAAAUGAUCUUCUUUACGCCGUCGGCGGUCACGAUGGCCAGAGCUAUCUAAACAGCAUCGAACGCUAUGAUCCGCAAACGAAUCAGUGGUCCUGCGAUGUGGCGCCCACCACUUCGUGUCGCACCAGCGUGGGCGUGGCCGUCCUAGAUGGUUUCCUGUAUGCCGUGGGGGGCCAGGAUGGCGUACAGUGCUUGAAUCACGUCGAGCGAUACGAUCCCAAGGAGAACAAAUGGUCGAAGGUGGCCCCGAUGACCACACGACGGUUGGGAGUGGCGGUCGCCGUCCUUGGAGGAUUCCUCUAUGCCAUCGGUGGUUCCGAUGGACAGUGCCCGCUAAACACCGUGGAACGAUACGAUCCCAGACAAAACAAAUGGGUGGCCGUCAGCCCGAUGUCCACGCGACGAAAGCACCUGGGCUGUGCGGUGUUCAACAACUACAUUUACGCCGUCGGCGGGCGGGACGAUUGCAUGGAGCUCUCGUCCGCCGAGCGCUACAAUCCACUGACCAACACCUGGAGUCCCAUUGUGGCCAUGACCUCGCGACGCAGUGGGGUUGGCCUGGCCGUCGUUAAUGGGCAGCUGUAUGCGGUCGGCGGCUUUGAUGGGUCCGCCUAUCUGAAAACCAUCGAGGUGUACGACCCGGAGACGAACCAAUGGCGUUUGUGCGGCUGCAUGAACUACCGCCGACUGGGCGGCGGCGUGGGCGUGAUGCGGGCCCCUCAGACUGAGAAUUAUAUGUGGUGCGAAAACAGUUUUAAGCAGCAAAACCCCUGAAAAUAAUCCAAUCCCCAGCCCUUCCAUUGCUGAUCAACUGUUGUUGUCUUGUCUAUUUCUCCCCCAAAAACGAAAACAUGCUAACAAUCGCAGGAUACGCAAGGAUUCUGUUGUCUGAUGGGAGCAGCAGCCGACGACGUUGCCCUCUCAAACGUUGCCGCCGCCGCAUUUCUACUAACAAUAUCCGCAAUCGAAGCCAAAUCUAAUUGUCUAAACACCUUAAACCCCCCGUACACCCCCUCCAUCACCACCUUCAUUGUCUAGCAGCUUUGUAAGAUUGUAUUAAUUGUUAAUUGUUUAUUUGGUAGAGCCUAAAGCACGUGUUUGUUAGACUUUCCCAGACUAGUAUUAGAGUUAGCAUUGCCCCUCCUCUCCCGCUAACUGGCAAUCACUCAUCCCCAUCACUCUGUACGUAAUUUAUAUUUGAUUCUACUGUAUCUUGUAAGCAUCUAUAUUUUAUAAAUAACAAAAACAACAUCUAAAUGUUGCUGGUGGUAUUUCAUGGAAAUCGCUAGCCCAUAACCAUGCCUUCUUUCGAAAAAAACAAAUCAGAAUCAAACAUUAAACUAGAAACGAAUUCGAUUAGUUGUAAAUCUUUAAUCGAUGAGCUCUACAGUCAAGUAACAAUUUGGUAUUAACAUAAUUUAGCCGUAAGAAAUUACUUCAAAAAGUUUGUCCGAAAUUAGACAUCACAAUGGUGCAAUAUUUCGAUCGACCAACUUAAUGCUGUAUUAAUUGUUUAGUCAAGACCACUUAAAUCCGAAACUGCAAACGUCUCCAAUAAUAAUGAGGUAAUAUCAACCGAACCGAAUAAUUAAAAAGUUAGGAAGAGUAAAUGUUCUGCCUGUCAAGCUUACAAAAACCUUAAAGAUAAAGAUAAUGAACUAAUAAUGAACAAAGUUAGACGUAGCCUCAGACAUUUCAAUAGUAAAAUUAACAAUUACACAGCCGUAAGAUCAACUGUAAGCCAAUAAAUUUUAAUAUUGUUACUCCUAGAUCGUAAGAGGUCACGUUUUAAAAAUAAUUAUUGUUGAACCAAGUUUGACCAUCGAGCUGUAAGAACCAACUCGAAAUAGUUGCUUAGAGGAGGGCGCCCAACAAAAUGAGUCUCUCGAUAACAACAAAUUUAGUUUGUUGCCCUUUUACACCAACACCUAUUAAACAAAUUAUUUAUUUUCAAAACUAUUAUUUAUUAUGCGCUUUUGUAUCUCAUAUAGUUUAUUUUAUUGUGCCCUUUUGUCAUUACUUUAUACACUGUUGUUAAAUCGAGCAAAUGGGAAUGAACUUUGCUUCCAAACGAUAAAUAAGAAUAGCAUUUACAAAACAAAACCAGGCUUAUUUAUAUUCUAGGAUUAAUUGAAUGGAGAACACGCAUACAAAUAUAAAUAUCCACAUACCACACACUAUGCAUAAUUAAACAAUACAAAUUUAUAGUUAUAUUGAAUGGAAAAAACGUGCUUAACGCAAAUAAUAGACAAAGUGUUAAUAAACGUAUUGGAUCGUAAACCCGUGCUAAGUGUAAGGAUAUAUGAUAAUAAAAUAUAUCUAAACUUAAAAAAA